AUGGACAUCGUGGAUUCGCACCUGAUUGGUCUAGUUUCUAGUGGAUCGAAAAUGGCGGAAUUGAGCCGCGCCGCGCCGAGCAUCCAGUCUUUCCUAGUCGGGUAUUCUCCGACUUUGGUUUGCCCGGCUCGCCGUACGGUCGAUGUAAGCGCUUACGGAAAGCUGGGCUACAAGUUCGCGGACUGCUUUCACAAGGACAAGCAGUCAUUCGAUUUAUUUAAGCAUCGGUCGGCGCAGCACGUGGACGUAAUAAUUCUGGUGGACUGGAACACUAUGCAGGAAACUUUGACGACCAGCACUUAUCUGAACAUACUGAAGGACAUUUUCGAGAAAUGUGAUCCCGGCACAAAGCAUAAGAAGAUCAAGAUUCUCAACGGAGGCUACCAAAAGUGGCUGAUGACGUAUCCGACGUUUACAACGAAUUCCAAUGUGGCUGUUGCCCGAGUUCAACAAUGUCGCGAACGGCGCAACAAUUUGGAGAACCCGGACGCGCCAUGCGGACCCCCCGCCACCCUAACGUAG